AAAUUAGAAUUAUGGAAGAUUGCAUUUACAGAGAUAAGAACAUUCGUACUUUCUUAGGCCCCAUCAGAGAGAAGGAGGUUAACUAUAUCGUUAGAGAGCUCUGACUACUUGGCAUUCAGGUAUUCAAGGAGAAAAACCAAGGAAUAACUCACUAUUCAUUAGAAAAUGUUAAGAAAUGCCGUCAAGAAUACGUUGAAGAAUGUAAAACUCAUACGUAUUACCAAAGAUAUGCAAAAAAUACAAUUGAGAAUGAAGCAGAUGGUCUCCUGGAUGCUGAGAGAUCCAAUGCUUAUGGGCAAGAUAAAUUUAAGGAAAACAAAAACAGACAUCUUCAUUCCCAAGGAGACUUAUACAAUGGGGGAUUCGAUCAUUUAAACAACUCUGAGUAUUCAAGGAAUUACUCUCAGAAAUCGAAUAGAAAUCAUAAGAGUAGAGAGGUUGACUCAACUCAGGGAGAAAGUCAGGAAGAUGGCCAAGGAGAAGUCUUACAGAAGGAAGAAAUUUAUUACCAAAGGUCAAGAUCGAAUAGUUAUGAAGAAAAAUCAAAUUUUCCUCCUAAUGGUAGAAGGAAUACUUCAAAUUUUAAUUCUCUUAAUCCAGAAUUCACUCGUGACUUGAAUGCUGUUGUUGAUCAUAGAGUCAGAAGUAGUUCAAAGGAUCGUCAAGCUCAGGUAGUAACGACACUUGACAGAUCAAUGAAAUACAGCUCUGAGUUGCCUUACAAAGGAGGAAAGACCAGCCCAUUGAAAUCAUGCAUCCAAAAUGCAGAAGUAAAGGUUUCUAGAGGAGGGGUAGCCAUAGCUUUUGACCCUUGGAAGCAAUCUAAAAAGAAAAGUGUCAAGAGAAGUCAUACCAAUAGAAAUGUUGAACAAGAAUACUUCUAUGAUCGUAUUUGAGAUAAUGAAGACAUUAGAAUUGCAGAUGGACAUUUCUUCAAUAGCCAGGUGAAAUCUCCUGGUGUUAAGCCAAGAGUCGACCCUCAAGUAGAGAGACUAGCUAAAAGAGAUAUGAAAAUAGCUCUUAAGAAAAGGCAGAAAUAUGAAAACAAGAGAAGAGCUAUGAAAAAGUCUGCAAAGAGCAAGAAUGAAAAGUACUAUAAAAAAGAGCGAAGAAACAAGAGUCCUUAUAAGAACGUUCAAAGUAAAAUUAAGCUCUCAGUUAUGAAGGAUAAGUCUAGAGCGAGGAGAAGGAGCAUUACAGGACCAAUAGGAAGAAAAUCAAAAAGUGUUACUAAAUCAUUCACACAAAGAGAAGUUAAACAUUCUGACCACUAUCCUCCUGGACUUCACCAUGAGCAUUCUUUCAAUGGGAUAAGUGAUUCUAUGAAUGGUCAUCCUGUAAUAGACCAUUCGAGAACGGCUAUUUUUGGCCAAAGAGAAGAUUCUUUCACAGGAGAUGUCCAUUAUAUCGACGAUGGAAGAGAUGUUGAACUAAGAAACCACCAUCCUACAUUUGGAGGCCAUGAUCCAUCAAGAAAUGAUUUUAAAAGUGACUCAAACUAUGAGAUGAUGAACUUCGAUUUAAAUGAAAGAAAUAGAGAUAACUCUAGCCUCAAAUACAGAUCUCUUCGUUGUCCAUAUGAAGGUAUUCCAAAUGCACACACUGACUCAGACCUUGUCAAUUCUCCUGAAAACCCUAUUCACUCAAGAAUGCCAAUGCAUGCUCCAAUUCUUCCAUAUCGCAGAUAAGAAAUCAUUAAGUUUACUUUCAAAUAUUGACC